UGCCACUUGUCUGGUGACCAUUUCCGAGGGCAAGUUCUUCUCCCUGGGCAUGGACCUGGACUACCUCCUGAGUGUCAGUGGGAAUGAGAUGACUCAGAUCAUGGCGGACCUGCAGAGGCUCUACUGUCGUCUCCUCACAUUUCCCAUGGUCACAGUGGCUGCUGCUAACGGUCAUAUCUAUGCUGCUGGAGCUCUCCUAUACUAUAUCAUCAUGAACAACAGCAAGGGCUUCUUUUGCUUCCCAGAGAUAAAGUUGAAGUUUAGCUUUCCUGCCGCCCUACUGGAACUUGCAAAGGCGAGAAUGGCAAAGAGAGGGCAAAGAGCAGUUCUGGUGCUGGGCAGAAGGUACGGUGGGCAGGAGGCUCAUGCUGCUGGCCUUGUAGAUGAGUGUGUCCACCGGCCCAGCUGAGGGAGUCAGCCAUGGCAGCUGGAGAGAGACUGGCUGGCCGCGGAGGUCUGGACAGGAGAACUCUCGCUGCACUCAAACGAGAUCUGUACAGAGACGUUGUUCAGAUCCUCUCUGAACCACCUAGGUUCUACUCCAGGAUAUAGCUCGACAUUAGCUUAGUUAACUCUAUUGUUGUACAGAGGUUAAU